AUGUCGGCCUACACAAUACGACCCAAACGCGGUCUCUCACUCCUUUGCAUCAUUGCCGCCCUUUGCUUCAGCGUCAUAUUCAUCAUUUGGUAUGGCAUGAACUCGGAUCGCGACUAUAUACACCCUAUCCUGACCCAGCUGAUCCCCGCCGGACACUGUGCUUGCGAAUCCUCCACCACCUUCCAAUGCUCAACAUGUCUCACUUGUCCCGAACCCGUCCUACAAGAAGGCGCCUCUCCCGCCUGGUCGUAUGAAUACGCCCGCGACGGUCGCAAUGAAGCUCUCGGGCAGUCACAGUGCCAGGCUGCUUUCCCUGGGCUAUUCGAAGAUAUUGCGCGCGGAGGAAAAUUCUGGUCUACACAUGGCGGCCUGUCGACAGUUGAACUUGACGCCAUCACCAUUGAGCAAGGAAUGGCUCGGGCGUUCAUUUCUCAAGGCGAGUUACAUGUGGUGUUGGCUCGAUCCAAAAAUGAAGACCAUCGACGGAAAAUUCUAGGCACCUUGAGUUCGAUCCACCGCGCGCUGGCCGCCGACCCGGAACGAGCCUCUAGACGCGAUGUCGAAUUUGUUUUCUCGGUCGAAGAUAAAGUGGACGAUGUGACUAAUCCCGAAUGGCCUGUUUGGGUGUUUUCGCGGACCCCCACCGAAGAAGGUGUGUGGCUCAUGCCGGACUUUAGCUUCUGGGCCUGGGACAAUCCAAACAAUUACAUGGGCCCGUACGACCAGGUGGUUGAUCGAAUCAAACGACUGGAUAUCCCGUGGGAAGAUAAAAAGCCCCAGUUGGUCUGGCGGGGGAAGCCAAGUUUCUCGCCGAAAUUGCGACGCGCGUUAAUGGAAGCCGCUAGGGACAAGCCGUGGGGCGAUGUCAAGCAGGUUGAUUGGAGCACCGGAUCUAACGUGCUCAAGAUGGAAGAUCAUUGUCAUUACAUGUUCAUAGCGCAUGUCGAAGGUGAGGCUGGGUAUCUUAUUGUGGGACUCGCAACAAAAGCUAACGGUUCAUUCUUAGGUCGCUCCUAUUCGGCCUCGCUGAAAUACCGACAGGCCUGCCAUUCAGUGAUUGUCGCACACAAGCUGCAAUUCAUCCAGCACCACCACUACCUACUGGUUGCCGACGGACCAAAUCAGAACUACGUCGAGGUUGAGCGCGAUUUCAGCGAUUUAUCGGACAAGAUUGAGCCUUUGGUCAGCGAUACCGAGGCCGCGCGGCGCAUUGCCGAUAACAGCGUCAAGACCUUCCGAGAGCGGUACCUGACCCCGGCCGCAGAAGCGUGCUACUGGCGGACACUGCUCGACGGCUAUGCCGGAGUGUGGAACAGCACCGUCGAGCAAUGGUCUGACAGCCAGGAGCGCGAGCGGGGUCUUCGCUACGAAUCUUUCGUGCUCUUGGAGAGCCCGAAGAUGUUUGAGUUCGAAGCUGCUGCCACAGAGAAAUGGCAGGCCUCAUGA